UGACGAAUGUCAACACAAAGCGUGUAGUAGACGGUGUAAUAAUAGAAGAAAAAGUGCAAAAAUCCCAGUUCAAUGCAAUAGUGAACAGAAGUAGUGUGAAAAUCAUUUGAAAAUUUAUUCAAAAACACUUUCGAAUUUAUUGAAAGAACAUAUUUGCAAAGCCUAGCUACAACAAACAAAAUAAGCACAGUUAAGAGUAACGUAUUUACAAAAAUAUUAGUUGUGAUAAGCGAUCGCGCGUUUUUGUGUAUUUGGUGCGUUUUUGUUUUUUCGGGCAAAGUUUUAGAAUAUACGUUCUCUGCUUAUGCCAUUGCGAUUGUAUUUCAUUUACUACGUGAUGUUUAAUAUGUGCAAAGUGAUUGAUUAAAACCUAAGGAAUAUAUUUACUGACACUCAAUUAAGUUCGAGUGACCGUAUUUUGUGGCGAUUGGGCUAACCGUUGGCCACGGAUAUAGUGACAUUCUCGUGGUUCACUCGUCUAAGUUAUAAUAGUCGCAUAUUAAACUACUAUGUUGUUGACAAAACUUUAUUAAGCCCGCUAUAUACUAGAUUUAAAAGCAAAAUUGUGAAAAGUUUAAAUAUUAAAUUGCAACUAAACCUCUGAAAUGGAUUCAAGCACAAAUAUUGAUACCCUUAAUGAUACUGCGCCUAUGCCGGAAUUGAGUUUUGAAGAUCUAUUGGACGAUUCACCAGUGAAGAAAGCCAUCGGUAUAGGUGAUGAUCCUCUUGAGAUCGAGGAAGAGCUCAGCUCCAUAAAAAGUGAUACAUUGAAUACGCCAGGACCCAAGAAACCACCACACCACACGCAAUCAAUAUCGACACCCAUAUCUACAACAACAACAACAAAUUCAGCUACGAAAAUCGCAACCGACAGUGCUACUAAAGCGGCAACAGCGCCAAUUGUAUUGAAUAGCAGAAAUAUUUUACCAAAAUCGGUAACGACCGGCAGUCAACUGGUGAAAAUUUCCCCUAAAAUCAUAGCCGCAGGCACAACAACACUCAUUAAGAGUCCUUCAACAUUGAUGGGACCUGUUACUGGUAAUACUACUACCGCUACAACCGGAAAAAGGACUAUAAAGACACCAAAUCGUCAAAUAGUUUAUAUACAGAAGAAGGCAACCGGCACGUCGGUUGGAGGAGGUUCAGUUAUAACUACUGCAGCUAACAACACAACGUCUGGAGUUUCAACUACUGCGACAGCUAACAGCAAUAAAACCGUUGCUUUCAAACUGUUGCGUACAUCCGCUGGCGGUUUGGUGCCAAUUAAAAGCACUGCAACCAUGGUAACAGCUGCCACAGGAUCAACCACCUCAACAAGCUCAACUGAUGCAGAAAUUAAGAGUACGCUAACAUUUACGCCAACUAUUACAAAGCAAUUAGUACAAGGAGCAGCCGGCGCUAAACGUGUCAUAUCCACUGCAGGCGGACAGGUUGUCAUCAAAGCCUCACCAACCGCAACAGCAACUGUGGCGGCAACCACCAAUGCGUUAUCAAUGAGCAGGCCAACAACAGCAACGACAACAGCAGCAAGCACAACAACUUAUCGUUUACAAACGAGCGCUGGCGGUACAAGUAACAGUGAUGCAUCCAAUCCAACUAGUGCCAGCAAAGGCUCACUAACGUCUGGGCAUAAAAUAAUCUUACAAUCCGCCAAUGGCAAGCAAAUCUUAGUUUCCAACCAACAAUUAGUCAAAUUGUCGCCGAAGCCACUCUCACUUAGUGCCACCACAAACACAACAGUAUCAGCUUCAAGUAACAGUACGGUCACUGGUGCGACUACAAGCAACACCAGCGCUACACGCCAACUGCAGACUAUACAGCUACCUGGUAAACAAGUACAAUACUUGCGUGUGUUGCCGAAGAGCAAUGCUGACAAUAGCGGCAAUAUAGUGUCAUCUGCGACAACAACAACGAGUGGUGCCUCAGCAGUGAGCAGUACCCAAAGCAAUAGUGCGGCAACCUCGACGUUCAGAAUUUUGAAUGCCAGCGGCGUGCCGUCCAAGUUCACCGUGGUGCGUCCUAGUCCAACGGGUUCCACGAAACUGAUACUAACGCAGUCACCAAAGAAGGAGAGCGGUGUGCCGGUAACAUUCUCGCCGAUAACUUCAAAAGUGCAAAAGACCAUCGUGACAGUGCCGAAUUUACGUGCUUUAGGUGAUAGUCAACGCACUCAAAGUGCCACCUCCACCACCAACAGCUCCUCGUCCAAUAUCAUAUCAUCUACAACUGCGCAGUUAAUCAAUACCAACGCCGGUCAAUCGUUGAUCAAAAGUAAUGCUAAUUCGAAUAACGCUACUUCUGGCACCACCACGCUAAUACGUAAACAUAAAAUCUCCGAAAUCAAUUCAGAGCUCAAGCGCAUAACCACGAUGACAGCUGCCGCUGAGGUGGAGGAUGACAGUGUAGAUAUGGAUGCACCGCCUGAGGCGAAAAGACUAGCAACCGGCAGUCAUAUAUUUAUGUUGCCCCAUUCAAUGUUACGCACCACAGUUAGUGGACAAGUGCGCCAGGUUACAUUGCAGUCGAAUGCUGGCAUAGCUGGAGAGGGUAAAAACGUUGGUGGUCAAUCGCCAACGCGAAAAAUACCCCAACAACAAAUGCAAAGUAUACUCAAGAGCAAUAAUAAUUUUGUGUUAUCCGAGCCUUCUGGGCAGAAAUCAUUACUAAUUAAUGGCAAGUCACAGGCCAUGAUUGUGCAGCAACAACAUAAAACAUUGCAACUAAAGCGGCAAUAUCAGCAACAACAGCAACAGCAACAACAACAAAAAUUGAUACAACAAAAGAAACUGGAGCAAUUGGAACAAAAGAGUGAAAACACAAAAUUACCAAUAUUGACGAGAAGCGGUGCAGCAGCCAACAACAGCGCCACCAAUAGCAACAGCAAUCAUAAUCCUAAUAGCGCGCUAUUGAAUUUUAAAAUCAAAUUGGAGCCUCCGGAAGAGAAACAAGACGGCAGUCCAGUAGAUUUGUUGCCGGAUGCGGCGAAUGGCGGUAUACGACGAAAACAUUGCAACUGCAGCAAAUCACAAUGCUUGAAAUUGUAUUGCGACUGUUUUGCCAACGGUGAAUUCUGUCAGGAUUGUACGUGCAAAGAUUGCUUCAAUAAUCUACAGUAUGAAGAUCAACGGCAACGGGCAAUCAAAAAUUGUCUGGAGCGAAAUCCCAGCGCAUUCAAACCAAAAAUAACCACCUCACGCGAACAAGGCGACAUGCGUCACAACAAAGGCUGCAACUGCAAACGCUCCGGCUGUCUGAAGAACUAUUGCGAAUGUUAUGAGGCGAAAAUACCCUGUUCGUCCAACUGCAAAUGCGUCGGUUGUCGAAAUAUCGAAGAACGUCCCGAUUUGGACAUGGAUCCGAUAGAUCCGAAACUUUUAGCAACCAUUGCGAGUGUGUCCCUACCAGCGGGCAGUCAGAAACGCACCUACGACAAAACCAACACCAAAACAUCUAGUCUUGGCAAUGAUAAAUUCUAUAAAGACACUGCUAAAGCUUUAGGUAUGGGCAACGAUUUGUUAGCGGGACUUGCUGGCGGUAGCAACAGCAUUGCUGGCGGCAGUACUUGUAGUGGCAGCAAUGCCACUACUGGCGUUGCUGGUACAGCGUCCGAGAAGCAACAAUGCAAUUUUAUUACACAAGAAGUGGUGGAUGCCACCAUACAAUGCAUGAUUUCGCAGGCGGAUGAAUGCGAAAAGAAUGGCUUACCCGCAUAUCAAACCGAAAAGAUGGUUAUGGAGGAGAUGGGACGUUGUUUGGUGGAAAUAAUAGAUUUCUCUAUACGCAACACUGAUACCAGCUUUACGCAAGACUAAGCAGGCGUCUGGACUUUACCGUUAAUUUGUUAAUAUUCGCAGAUAUGCAAAUUUGUUUGGGAACAUAGCGUGUAGUUGUAGCGGCUACUUAGCUUUCUUAAUACUAUCAAGAAACAUAACAAAAACACAUAUUUGUAUAAUAAAAAAAAUAUAAACAAACAUUUAUGCAUAAAAUUGUUGAAAUAAAGUCGUAACAACCAGUAGCUGCUUUGAAUCUUGCUUUGUAAAUAGUGAAUAAAACGCCGUUUUCUUCGUUUUUCAAAACCUUCUACUAACCUAACGCAUAUGCUAAGCGACAAGUAGUGUUUAGCGGGAUUGUUCAUUAACAAUUUUAGUACAUUUAUAAAUAGCAAAAAGGUACUUAGCAUAAGCGAUAAAUCUUUCGGGUAGCGCAUACGGCUCGUGCAUGGCGCGUGCAUGUUUCAUUUAGCAUUACUUACGCGUAUAUUCGAUCUUCGAGUAUUUUCGAUAUGGUGGUUAAGAAAAUAAUGUUUUUCUUUAUUUAUUUUGCAUUAAGUUAUAAAGUUUCCCCCACUUUUUGCGCUUACACAUUUUUUUGUUUUAUUUUCGCAUGAGUUCUCGGCUUUUUUGAAAAGCUACAAACAAUUUUUCUUCUUCUUGCUUUUUUAAAAUUAAUUUUAAUUGUAUUUUUAUUUAUUCUUAAGUUUAACUUAUAACGCUAAUAUAUAUCUUUUACAACGUUUAUUAUUAAAAUUGUUGUUACGUUUUACUAAUGAAAAAACGAAGAAAGCAAAUGUUAGGCGUUCUUUUUUAUGAGUAAUGCGCGCAUACAUAUAUAUUUUUUACAUAUAUAUUUGUUUAUAUUUAGUUUACACACCUACCAUCUAUACGAUUAAAAACCACCAUUAACACCAAAAGUUACUGUAAGAAAGAUUUAUAAAUAUGUAUGUACAUAUAUACAUACAUAUACAUAUGCAUAGAAAAUGAAACAAAAACAACACAGCUUUUAUGUAACAAAUUCAAAAUUUGACGUCUCCUCCAAAGGUAAAUAAUGUAAGUUCAAGACGCAAAUGUAGUUAUAUUAGCUUUUAAGUACUACAAUUGUAUAACUUGACCCAUUGUAAAUAAAGGCUAACAAAUUUGAAAAA